AUGCGUUUGGUCUGUGUUAUCUUUUCGAUCUUGUUCCUUCUUGCUGGAUUCGAUGCUGGCUCGGCACUUGUCGACUCUGAGAAGGCCUACAUCAACCGACGCGCACCUACUGCAGAAAGACAUUUAAGAUCGACAAGCGAAGCUAGAAAUGACAAGAUCAGAGAAGAGAGAGCUGGCACGUCAAGUGUUCAACACAUUGCAGAUAAGGUGGCUGCUAAGUUGAUGGAGAAGAUGAGCAUGAAUCCAUCGAGCAUUUUCAGUCGGUUACGUUUUGGAGAGGCUGGCGCCAAGCUUAGCAGCAACAACUAG